AUGUUUCUCUUCCAGGAAGCCAGCGAUGACGAUCCGGUCAUUGCAGAGACGCGGCAGUAUCGCGGUGGAAGAUCAUCACGGACUCCACCGGACAUAGCAGGAUGGGAUGUCACGGCGGACGGGACCCGCCACGGAGGGGAAAGGGCAAACCAGAGCCCGGAAGCUGCAAUCCCAGCUCGUGAAGACGGAGAUGGCCCAAUGGGUCUGAUAGCACUAGUCGAACGCGGCGGGGAUGGAUGUGCAGCCAAUACGACCGCGGAGCACAACACAGGCACUUGGCUCUCCCUGCUCUAG